AUGAGACGAGUCAUUCAAGGGGUAUUUUACUGUUGUCUAUUCCUAUCAUUUGCAGAAAUCAUAUUAGGAUUCAACUUUGAACAUGUGUCGAAGAAAAAAAAAUACUUAGUUUUGCCAAAAUCAUACUUGGAUUGCAAAUACUACAAUGUUAUAAGUAAAAAGACUUCCUACCUUAGUGUAAAUCAUGCAGAACAGUACUGUGACGAAGACCCAUUCUGUAGUUACUUCCUGUAUAGUGACACAAAACAAGAAAUACGACUUUGCUAUGACAAAAAAAUUCUUCUUAAGAAGCCAAAAUAUGAUGAAUUAUGGAUAACAAGUAUAAAGGAAAAAAUGUUUGAACAAUUUGCUCCUGCACUCGUAAAUACGCAAGGCAUAUGUAGUCACAAAGUCGAAAAAUUUACUUUUCACACUUUAAGAGAGGCCAUAAAAAAUGCAAAGGAAAAAAUGCAAAACUUUAUGAUACUCAACUUUCAAACAAUUUUAAAAAAUGAGGAUGAUAUCCAAGGAUAUUUCUGCGAAGUGAUUGAUUAUUUUGUCAAUCGAGAAAGUUAUGUUGUGUUCGACUUUACCAAAUUAGGAAAUCCACAUGAAUCAUGUCUCUGGACAAAAAAAUGUGGAGCACGAGGAUCGAUACAAGCAGAUGAUAGUAAAUAUGAGGAUAAUAUAAAUCCAGGAGAUGUGGUAGAAGCUCAUACAUUCUAA